GCGCCAACCUCCUUGCUCCGGACGAUUUGGAUGGAAUGGGCGAGGGCGAUGAUAGCGCGCGAUCCCCCCUCGUCGACAAUGACAAAUUCUUGAAGGAUCUGGCCGCACUCUUCGAGUCACCCAAGGGCUCGAUAUGGCUUACGCAUAAGCGCCUGACCCACGAUGGGCAGGACACGACCAUGAAGGCGGACGAUGGGUCAGAGGACACGCGCGAGUACCCCUGCCUCCUCCGCGCCGUCGAUGGUGUCGGUACCAAAUUAUCCACCCGCGUCGAACCCGGCCAGCUCGAUCACUUCUAUACCGCAUACGGCGCCCUCCUCAAAUCCUCCAUGUCCGCGCUCCGCAAGCGCGACAAAAAGCGCGAGAAGCAGCGCGCCGAGGAGCUCGCGCGGCGCAAAAAGCGGCUCGCCGAGCCCGUCAUCGUCGAGGGCGCGAAGCGGGGCGCGGGGAGAAGGAAGCGGCAGCGGCUGGUGAAGGCGGCGAUCAAGCAGCAGGAGACGAAGAAGCGGCUGGAGGAGAGGGAGCAGGGGAGGGCGAAGAGGAUUGAGGAGCUGGUGCAUGCGCAGUGAGGGGUUGUGCGCGCGAUCGCUCUGGUCCUUCUUGGUAUCUUCAGUCCCCUUACACCUCACUCAUGAUCUUCGCUUUACUAUGCAAUCUAUGCCUCCAUGCCAUCAUGCC